AUGGAGGCACGGACAAGCUCGCCGGCGGCCGCCGCCGCGCCGCUUCCCCCGGGACGAUCUCCUCCAGGAGAUAUUCCUGCGCCUCCCGCCGGAGCCGAUCCACCUCUUCCGCGCCUCUUUCGUCUGCAAGCACUGGCGCGGCCUCGUCCACGACGCCCGCUUCCUCCACCGCUUCCGCAAUUUGCAUGGCGGCACGCCUCCCGUGCUCGGCUUCUUCAACCAGAAAGGGCCCUCGUCCCCACCUUCGGCAACUUCGCGCUCUCCACCGCCACAAUGUCCCCAGAUGACUGGUGGGCCCUCGACUGCCGCCACGGCCGCGCCCUCGUUGAGAGCUGCCGCACUGGGACGCUGCUUGUUUGGGACCUCGUGACCGGCGACAAGCAGUACCUGCCGCUCCCCGCGCAUGACUGUUCUGGGUACAAUGGCGCGGUUCUGUGUGCGGCUGGCCACACCGACCACCGCGACUGCCAUUUGUGCCCGUUUCUCGUGGCGUUCGUGUUCAGUGACGACAGAGAUUUCAUCACCUCCGCAUGCGUCUUCUCGUCCGAGACCGGUGCCUGGGGUGAGAUCACUUUGAUUGUUCUACCAGAUGCAUUAGUUCUGCCAAAGCCGACAGCUCUGAUUGGAAACACAAUCUACUUCCUGUUGGAUAACAAUAGCAUCAUUGAGUUCGUUUUGGAUAAGCAUAGCUUGGAUUUAGUUGAGGAGGUGCCAUAUACCUACGAUCAGACUAUCAUCAUGCCGACAAAGGAUGGAUGCCUCGGUUUAGCUGGAGUGGAACGAUUCAAUUUCAAUUUUAAUCUGUGGUCAGAGGUGGCGAGCAUUGACGGGGUGGUGACAUGGACACAUCUAAGGGUCAUUGAACUCGAAAAAAUUCUUGCGCCUGAAGCAGUGUCAGCGUGUAUGGUUGGAGCUAUUGGAGCGCAUGCAGUUGGUUGUGCGGUAGAUGCGGAUGUGAUCUUCAUCGACGUGUAUCCUAGGAUCUAUAUGAUCCAUCUCAUGUCCAUGAAGAUCGAGGAGGUGUCUAAGUAA